UCAUACUCAUUCAACCCAGAAAAGUAAAACCACUUGCAUCACGCGUUCCUAUAUAUAUAAGGUUAUGCUUGGCACAUGAGACACAAACCAACGCCAACUAUUUAUUCUAGUGUCUUCUUUAACUCUUCUUCCUCCAUUCUGCCGUGCUUCCUUCUUGUUCGCAAAUAAUGACGGUGAUCAAUGGAAAUAAUUGUGUGAGGAUUGAACGAAGGGCACUUGAAGCGCCCAAAAAUUUGAUGGAGGUAAUCCUCAUAUUAGCAGAAGCCAUAUUGUUGUUUUUUAACACCGAGAGACGCUACAUCUUCAACUUGCCCAGAGCCAUCGCUCACGCAGUGUUGGAUAAGGGUAAGAAAACGAUUGGAAGUGAAUGCCGAGAAAGAAGUGAUUGUGCAGAAGUGAAAGACCAUCACAUUUUAAAGGAGUUGUAUGAGUUGAAGAGAUUGUUGAUAUGUACCAUGUUUUGCAGCAGACGAAAAAUCUUUCCGGAAUUUCUAUUUGGUGAAGGAUUCGAUGAGGAGGAUAUCCUCUCUAGGGAGAGAAGAUCUAGGAUUCUGAAGCCUGCUUUCACGGUUAUACGUGAUAAAAAAUCAGAAUGUUUACUCGUGUUCAUCCGUGGGACUCGUUGCAUUAAAGACACUCUCACAAAUGCACUGUGUGCUCCUGUCUCUUUCAAUCACAACAUGGUUUCAGGACAUGCACACCGUGGUAUGGAUGCUGCAGCUUCUUGGAUUAGAGAUCUUUGCAUUCCUGUACUACUUAAAAAUCUUCAUCAAUACCCCCACUUCAAAAUCAAGAUCGUGGGACACUCGCUAGGUGGUGGUACUGCUGCACUGUUGACUUAUAAGCUUAGAGAAAUUCAACAAUUGUCUUCAACAACUUGUGUAACAUUUGGCCCAGCUGCCUGUAUGACCUUGGAGUUGGCUGAGUUCGGAAAAUCCUUUAUCACUUCCAUUGUAAAUGGUUCUGACAUAGUGCCAACACUGUCAGCUUCUUCUGUUCAUGAUUUCAUUGCUGAGGGUCGGAAUAAGGAUAAAAACAUCUCAAGCGCAGUUGGAACUCGCAUAACUUUUGCCAAAGCCAUUGCAGAACAUGCAGUAAACUAUUGCACCGAGGUUGUGAAGAAGCAUAAACACUCAUUGUUACCGUGGUCCCAACGUGAGAACAUUCACCCAUUGUCAGAUAACUUGGUUGAAGCUUCUGGAUUUUCUGAGACAAGUUUUGAACCUAUUUUAAGUGAAGAGCACUUACUCAUAGAAUCUAUUGAUGAUGAUGAAUACGAUUCUUGCAGUGAAGGAUCUGACAAUGAUGACUCAGAUGAUGAUGAAGAGAAAUUGUUGAAUCAAAUGGGGAAUCUUGAAUUGGGAAAAUGUACUAAGGAGAAAGAUAUCACUGAAGAAGACAGUGUUAGUCAAGAUACAACAUCAGCUAGGCGACGUCUUUAUCCACCAGGCAGGAUCAUGCAUAUCACUUCACAGAUGUCUGAAGAUUCGAACUCAAACCACAGUGAUGCUGAUGACAAACAUGUCUGCUUAUAUCAAACGCCUACACAGCUGUAUGGAAAACUCAGAUUUUCAAGAGGGAUGAUACGGGAUCAUCCCACGAAAAAGUAUCUGAAGAAGUUGCAACAAUUAAUCAAUAAACUAGAGAAGGAAUGAUUCAAAUAUUGUGUGGAGCUUUAGAAUUAAAAUUAAUCCACUUGAUUCUAAUUCUCAAGUAUGUUUAUUAUGAGUAUAUAUUAAUUGUGAUGGUUGAAUAGGUAACAUAUAUUGUAAUAGUUUUUU